AUUAGUUUGGUUAUGUUCUAAUUGUUCUAUAAUAUUUAAAAUUUAUGUCAACAAAUUAGAAAAUAAUAACUGCAAAUUGUCCAUAAAACUAAGAAAUAAGUGGUUGUGAUAGGUUUGAGCAAUUUUUAUGUAUAACUAAAUUUUAAAAUUGCUUGCAGGUCCCUGUUGGAUGCCCUUCGUAGGAAAUAUACCAGAGCUCCCCAACUUAUCCCGAGCUCUAGCCGGUCAGCACUUGGUUCUAGUGGAACUAGCGAAAAGAUACAAAGUAAAUGUACUGGGUUUGAAAUUAGGCAAAGAUGUGUGGUAGCAGUAUUUUCUUAUCCCAUGAUAAGGACUGUUCGCCAUGGGGACGAAUACGAUGGAAGACCCAACAAUUUUUUCAUCAGAUUAUGAACCAUGGAAACUAGACGAGGUGUAACUUGUAAAGACGGGGAGCUGUGGAAGAUACAGAGAGGAAGUAGGAUAGACUGGAAAGAUCCCCUAUUAAAUCGUCUGUUGGAGCUUUUAGGCAUGAGGUCGAAGGCUUUUGAUAUGUCGGGAAAAACUUUGACGCACUUUGUUGGUUGCAAUUGAUAGCGACCGAAAAAACCAGAUAUAAUUUGAUUAAGAAAUUGAACUGCGAAUUGAGAGACCUUCUCAUGGAAACUGUGACGCAACGUCAGAAGACAUGGACCUUAGGGGCGAAUGAGGAGCAUGAGGACCUUAUUUAUUCUUUCAUAACGGAGAUGAAGAAGAUCAAUGGCCACAAAAGCACGUUUAAAGAAGAGGAGUUGGUUAUGGUUUGUCUGGAUACGUCUCUGCUUAUCAAAACGAGGAGCGUUCCUUAUGUUGAAGCAGUAUUAUUAGAAGAGGUUUUAUCAUGUGGCUUCAAUUACCGGGCCCAGGAGGGUGCUGCGGGUCACGACUUUGGAAGGGUACAAUAUUUCCCAGCUAAACGGUUCACAAAAAUAAGACAUCGGUACAAUACAUCUCGCCUACGCAGAUUCUUCCUUGAUACCGCCAGUGUGCUCACUUUAAAGAAACAACAACAAAAAAUUCAGCUCUUCCAGUUUUCGAGAUUAUAAAUUGUGCAAAAUUUUACAUGAAACAUGUAGAAUUUAUAUUUAAAAAAUGUACAUACCGUGUCCUGGACG